AACGAGCCGAAGCACAACGCCGGUGUCGCUGGAUUGAGGUUUCCGGGCAACACUAGAGCACAGGCUAUACAGAUUUCCCGAAACAAUUAGACAUUUUUGUCCCGUCUGCUUUGAUUGUGUUUAGUUACGCAACCUCUCCUUAAAGCCAUUCAAAGUAAGAAACGCAAGUAAGACAUUUGACACAUUCCCAGAGCUUGGAAAAAUCAACGCAACAAUGGCUGAUCAGCUGACCGAGGAGCAGAUUGCUGAGUUCAAGGAGGCGUUCUCACUGUUUGACAAGGAUGGGGACGGUACAAUCACUACCAAGGAGCUUGGCACAGUGAUGCGCUCUCUGGGACAGAACCCCACUGAAGCCGAACUGCAGGACAUGAUCAACGAGGUUGAUGCUGACGGUAAUGGGACUAUUGACUUCCCUGAGUUCCUGACUAUGAUGGCAAGGAAAAUGAAAGACACAGACAGCGAGGAGGAGAUCAGAGAAGCUUUCAGGGUCUUUGACAAGGACGGUAACGGCUACAUCAGUGCGGCGGAGCUACGGCACGUUAUGACCAACCUGGGGGAGAAGCUCACCGACGAGGAGGUCGACGAGAUGAUCCGCGAGGCUGAUAUUGACGGCGAUGGCCAGGUCAACUACGAGGAGUUUGUCCAGAUGAUGACUGCCAAGUGAAGAGAGCUCUGAAAUUUCUCUCAAUGUUGCUCGUCCCACUAAGAUUACCGUUGUUUAAGAACUAAAAGGCAGGAACAGUUAAUCAAAUGUCGAACAUCCACCCUCUUCAAAAAGUCACUCACCUUUAGGAUUUUUCAAUGUGUGCUUCAAAAACAUCCAAACAAUACUUCUAAGGUGUCUGUUAAAAAAAAAACACCAACAGAAUAAUCCCUAAAGAAGUUAAAGGACCAAGCUUUAAGAGGGCCAAAGUCCUCCUCCUUCAGACCAAGAAUCUGCUGAGUCACGCAGCUGCUGAUUAAUUUAGAGGAAAGAGCAACACCGAACGGGUAGAAGGAUAGAAAUUAAGGCUGUGAUCUGUACAGGGAAGCUGGCUUUUUAAUUCUCUCCGGAUAGUCUUCAACAAAGAAAACUGUCUUGCACCUGUGUUAACUCUCUUUAAAAAAAAAAAAAAAAAAAAAAAACGGAAAAAAAAAAAAGAAUCGAGUACUCUUCUUGCAUGCACCCUUUUUGUGGCCGUCUCUUGUGACAACAAGAAGGCUCUGAACCCAUCAGAGGUAGUGGUCAGCUUGUGUACACACCGGAGGUAUAUACAUAAACAUAUAGCUAUAUAUCUGUACAAUUUGUGUCACUAUUGGUUAUUGCAAGAGCAGUUAGUUGAGAUGUAGGGUGUUUAUUUGUGCUCGGCUGGGGGUAAGCGGCUUGGCAGAGUUCAGGAGCGGAGCAAGAACUUGAAAAGCAAAGAAGGCUUUUCUUUUUCCCCUUGUUGGUUAUAAUGUUUUGGUGUUUUGAGCUGCGGGCUUUAAGAGGCUUGCAGCACAUAUCGGAGACGGGCGCACUUAGUGCUGUUUCGGGGUGACUACUGUAGAGGGGGGGGGGACACCGUAAUAACUGCAGUUAAUGCAUUUGUUCUGCAAACGGAUAUGAAAAAUAAUAUUGAUGUGAUGCUUUUUAAAUGUGUUCUCAUAUUAAUGUAUUGACAAACUUUGGUUACAAAAUAUAUCUAUAUAUUAGUGUAUCGUAAAGUUUGCAUUGCCUAUUGUUGUAGUGAGAGAUCUGUGACAUGUUUCCUCUUCAGUUUUGAAAUGUGCCAUUAUACUCUUUAAAUACAUCUCAACCGCGCAAGGCUCAUAGUUCAUCAGAAUAUUAUAAAUCUACUUAUAACAAUGUAAACCUUCAUGCAGGUGCACUUUGGUAUCAACCAUGUGGAUGUUUAACGAGUUCGAAAAGAAGCAAAACAAACCAAACGUCACUGUUGCUGCUGCUAAAACGAUGCGUAUGUUUCACUCAUUUAUUGUAUUUGUGUCAGCUCUUCAAUUCGUAGUCCAGUGAGAGAACUCCAGUCUGCUUGUUGUUUUCCUGCACUGAAUUCAUAUAUUGUAUAUUCACAAAUACUAUUUAUGGUGGGGCUGUUGUAUUUAAUCUGGACUGUUUCAUUGAAACCUAAACAGGCGAUUCUAAAGAGAAAAAAAAGUUUUGUAGCAACGACGCAGACGUGCAUUUGGUUUAAGUGUUGGGUUUUCAAACGGGUGGCUUUAGAAGGAUUUGAGGAAAAAUUGAGCUAGAAUAUCUUAAAUUCUCUGCAAAGGGUAAGUUUUAAAUGCAGCUUUGAGGUGUUUUUUUUUUUUUUGUUUGUUUUUUUUUGAGACAUGUUUGGUAUAAAAUGUUUAAUGGACUAACAGCUGAAGGUAUCUCACAAAUGUAAAAAUGUGAUAUAUUUUCCAUAAAUCAAUAAAUUAAAGCUUUACUUCA